AUGCCAGAUACACCAGUUUCACCAUCCAAGAACAACGUCAAGACAAGUUCUACUCCAGUAAGUUCUUCCACCAAAGUUAUUGAUUCGUUACACUCCAAAAUAGACGAGCUAACUGACGAGUUGACAACUUUGAAACAGUCACACCAGGAAUUAACUAAGAAACAUUCAAUUGUUGCCAAAAAGAAUGAUUCAUUCGUAGAUCAAUUAGCUAAUGCCAAACAUGAAAAUGACAUGUUGUCUGCGUUAUUAAAGAGAAAGGAACGUAGGAUUUUGGAUUUGGAAGAUCAAUAUAAUGAUUUGAAUAGUCAGAUUGAAAAUUUACUGCUUCUGAAUAAGAAUAUGAAGAUUAGGUGUGAAAACUUACAGAAUAAUUCCAAUGCCAGUAUUGCAGAAUUUGAAAGAUUGAAAAUCAGUUAUGAUGCUUUGAUUGCUUCACAAAUGGAAUACAAGAAUCACUACCAACAAGAACUCAACACUUUGCAAACUAGUUUUGACAAGUAUAGAACAGAGAAUACUAAAAGGUAUGAAGAUUUACAAAGCUCCAUUUCCAGCAAUGAUAAAGAUAUUGAUACAUUAUUGGAUUCAUUAACCAACAAGAGAAAAACUAUGGACAAUAUUUAUGUCAAUAAGAAUAACAAGAUUUUACAAUUGUUGACCAGUUUGGCCAGUUUGAUCAAAUUACACGCGGAAGACACCAAGGGCCAAGUUGAACAAAAUGUAGAUGUUAUUAAAAUCUUGAUGGAAAAAUAUCCUGAUUUACAAGAAAAGAUUUUGGAGAAGGAAAAAGUUGAAGUUGAUUUGGAUGAAAUCAUCAGUCAUUCAAACGAAAUCUUGGCCAAUACUUCAUUUGAAGAAGAUGCCACUUUGAUCAAUUCCCCAGAUUUGGACAGUCAAUCAAAUCUCAAUUCGGGUGCCGCUACUCCAGUACAAAAUUCAGGACCAUUCAGAAAGAAGAAGAAUUACAAGCGUAAUUCUAUGAUUUUGAAAGAUCUGCCAUCAGGUAUACCGGAAAAUUCUGUUCCAAGUUCUUUACCAAAGAAGCCACAAGUUAAUAACAAUAUCAUUAACAUACCUAAGAACAGAUCCAAAUUCAACACACCACCAACUACUCCUAGACAAUUCAGUAAUCAAAGUACUGAUUUCGAAGUGACACACCAGUGGAAUGGUAACAAUAACCAACAUAACAAUUCUGGUCAUUAUAAUAACAAUAAUCAUCGUCGUACCACAAGUUAUGAUGCAAGAUCAGAUAAUGGAGGUAACCGUCGUCAGCAUAGUCAAGGUAGUAACUACAACAACAACAACAACAAUAAUAAUAAUAACAAUAAUGGUUUUGUUAGAAGAUCAGGUUCCGUUCGAAACGGUAGUAACAACAAUAACAAUAACAACCAUGGGAAACAAGCCAAGAGAAGAUCUACAUAUAAUCCGAACAACAACAGCAAGAGAAAUUCACAGAUCUUUGACAGUAAUUUUGCAUUAAAUGUAUAA